GUGGUCUCGGUGCUGUUGGAACUACAGUUCCCAGCGGCCGGCGCGGCGGUGGAGGGAGGCCGGGGCUGCGACAGGGAGGCCAGGCACCGCGGGCCUAGCGGGCCGCUCCUCCCUGGGAAGCGGUUUUGCAGCCCUUUCCGCCCGCGGUGUCGGCGGCUCGGCGGCGUCCUCGGCUCUGCGCGCACGCGGGGGCGGGUCACGGCGGCGCGUGGCUGGCUGGCAGGCGGGGCCGGCGGGGAGGCUGAGGCGGCGGCGGGGACGGCGGCAGCGCGGGUGCCGGCAGGCGGGCCGUCGGGGAGAUGGGAGACCCAGGGUCGGAGAUAAUAGAAUGUGUCCCUCCAGCUGGGCCUGAGGCGUCCGAGUCAACACCGGAGGAAAAUGAAGAUGACAUUCAGUUUGUUAGUGAAGGACCAUUAAGACCUGUUCUGGAAUACAUUGAUCUGGUCAGCAGUGAUGAUGAAGAGCCUAGCACCUCUCAGAGUGGGAGAAUGCCUGAGUCUAAGGUGCCAUCCUCUGAGAGUCAUCGCCCAGAAAUGUGCUCUAGCUGCAGUGUUCCUCUUCCCAGUGGAGACAGCAGCUCCUCCUCUGGGAGCUGUACCAGCAGUCCACACAGGAUAGUUUCUCAACCUUCUUCUGUUGAGAACCCAUUGGAGAACCAGAAAAGUGAUCAAAGUAAUUCAGUUAUUAAGAUCUCUGAGACAGAGACGCUUAAGCCAUCACAAAAUUGCCAGAUUCUGCCUUCGUCUCCACUUCUGGUCCCCCAAGAAUCUUUGGCCUCUUCAGAGGUCAAGGAGGAUUUACCUGUAGAGUCUUCUGCCUCACAGCACGGACAGGAUGCCAUCCUCUAUCUCCAGACACAAGUGGCUGAGAUGUCCCGAGUGAUACGUGAUCUGCAGUCCAGGAGCUGUUUUCGAUUUCAUCAUUCUAGGCCAAGUGAGAAUUCCUCGGUUCCUUGGGACAUCUCUACCUCCAAGGAAGAACAUUUAUCCACAGUGGAAGAAGAAGGUGACUGCAAAUCCCCCUCAGCUGAUGACAAAGGGCAGCCAGCUGACCCUAGUCAGUCUAGUUUCACAGGGCUUUUGAAAAGAAUGGAACAAAGAGGUAUUAUCAAGAGAGUCACAUUACAGUCCGAAGCAGAACCAUGCGAAGGGAAACCUGAUUGUGUGACUUCUAAGAAACGUUUGGUCCCUCCACUGCAUCCUCUUCUGAGAAUCGCCACCACUGAGGUCUUUAAAGACCCUGCUGAUUGCCAUCCUUCCUCCUUCAUGGGACACAGGGUAUAUCCUGUGGCCAAGGAUACCUCUCCUUUCCAACCAAAUCCACCGGCCGGGGGCCCCAUCGUAGAAGCAUUAGAGCACAGCAAGAGAGGAAGCACAACAUCACCUCUGGAUUCUACCUCGAAAGAGAUGGAGGUCAUGGGUUGUAGAUUCUACCAUGCUGCUUCCAUUGCAGCCCGAGCUGCUAGCUACAUGGCCUAUAUGACUCAGUAUCAGCGUAAACUCUGGGAAGACAUGGAGGAUCUGGUCCAUGACCCAGAGUUUGAUCGUGGAAAAGCAAGAUGUAUAAUAUCUGAUGGUAUGGAUGCGGGCCUUUGGCAGCUUUGUACUACUAGGGAUAUAAUGGACUCUGUGGUCAGAGUUAUGGCAAUGGCAAUAGACUACAGAAGGCAGGCUUGGCUUCGACUCACAUCUCUCACUAAGAAAACCCAAGAGAAGAUCUCACACUUGCCCUUUGACGGUACUUCCCUCUUUGGACAAGAUGUGAAUGCUGUAGUUGCAGAAGAAAACAGUAUAAAAGAAAAUGACUAUAAAGACCACAGCAAAUACUAUAACCAACAUCGAUACUUCUAUAGUCAUGACCAGAAAACACAUUAUCACAGUAGAGGAUACUCCAGAGGGGAUUGGUACAAACCCCGAAACCACCCCUAUAGAUACAGGAAAAAGGGAGAAUCUCCAGAACGCCAUGGGUACAAGAAUUAGUAACCCAUUCACGUUCAGCAGUGCACCUGUCCAAGAUGCUAACUGUGCUGCUUGCUCCUCCCAUCCACACAGGAUCUACAGGUAGGAGGGCACCUCAGAAUCUGAACGCAUGUCUGGAAUGAUCACAGCUGACAUUUGAAUUCUAGACUUUUGGAAUGAAGUAAAAAAAGAGACUCAUGUUUUCUUGGCCAAGAGAGUGGUAGAGACGUUCAGUAGGGUUGGACAAAGAUUUACCCGUUAUUUCUAGUCCAAAAUAAGUCUAGAGGAGGGUACUCAGGAAUCUGAAUCCUCUUAUGAUUAAGGAAAAAUAUAAAUAUUUCUUCCCCCUCAGGAAAAUCUCACUGGUAAACUGAGAACUAGGAGAUUUUGGAUCUGGAAAUAACCUACUACUAGAUCUCUAACACCAGAGGCAGAUCCUUCGUUUUUAGGUCAUCAGUGCUUCCUUGUUUAGGCUUCCGUUUGUCAGAUCUUCACAAAACGACAAAUCUGUUAUAAUCUCUUUAUGUCAGGGUGAUCAGCUCACCAAGUGUCCAUACUACUGUCAAGCUCUGUGAGACUUCAGAAUCAGCCUUGAAGCUGUGUAUCAAGAACUAAAAUUCAAAUCAAAAUUUGCAAAAUCCAGUUCGCUUCCAGUGGGGUGGCUAGAUGUCCCAGGUCUACUGUGGACACCAGCUGGAAGAAGACUUUCCUACCUGUGACAUCUCUGUAGAAACUUUCACAGUAACUGUCUUCACCACCCAAAGCUACACAGAGAGAAUUCAAUGCAGUUGUCACUCCUAAGUCUGCCAAGCUCUCAUAUAUCACAAGCUGUGAGACCUGGUCACGGUGUUCUCACAGGAUAAUCUGGGCCUUUCACCAAGAUGACCUUGACUACCUUCUAAACUUUUAAGCUCCGUAAUUCAUCACGCUCUAAAUACAAAAAAGAUAAUGCACAUUAGUACCCUGGAAAUCAAGGAUGUUACACCAUCCAGGCAUGCAAAUCUGAACUCUUGAAAGAGCAAGAAUUCCAAACAUGCCUGACAAUCUGGUCCUCCGAUUGUAAUAAAGAGUGAUGCCAUCAGUCUAGAUUUUACUGAGAAAUCCUUCAGAUUCAGAGCAUAACUGUGGAUGUAGUAGAGAGAACAUCUCAUGCACUUCUCUUUCUGGAUGUCCAUUAACGAUUUCUCAAGACUUCAGUGGCGUGUUCUUGGUUUAUUGGUCCCUUAAUCUAGUCAGACUCUUACCAUGAGAGACGACUUAUCUUUUUGUUCUCAGUUCUUCGCAUUAUGAUUCCUCCAUCAGACUGGAACUGGCAGCAGAUACCUCAGUUACAUGUCCUACAGUAUCUAUCUCGAGGCAGUGGCUGUGCAGUGCCCAGCCGUUAGACCCUUGUCUUCACAUCGUGACUUCAGUGUUGGAGAAAAUGCCAAAUUGGAGGGGUCUGAAUACAUCAUCUAGAAUUAUUUGCUUGGCCAAAUAGAAAAAAAUUUUAUCAAUAGACUCAUAAUUUUGUAAUUUCUUGGUUUGUCAAACAUCUGCAUUUUUUUUUUUUUUUUCAUCUGGUUGACCGUAGUAUUUUGGGUCUACUCUUAGUGGACUAUGACACUGUUUUCGGGUUUAUAUGGGUUCUGUUUCUUGCCAUGGUUCCUGCACAGUGGUGACUGAUGUUUUCCCUGGUGCCCCACUUUUUAAUAUUUUAUUGGAAGCCCAUUCCCCCUCCUCAUCAUAACCAUAUUCAGCACCCUUUUUGUUUACUUUCUUCCUCUCCCUGUUUGUGCUGUAGAGGUCGAAGAUGCAAAUAUCCCUACUUGGAAGAAGUUAUUUUAUUUUGUCAGAUAGUUUCAGGGUACUGUAUUGAUUCUGUUUGUCCUAUUUGUAGAUGAAGCUUAAGCUGCAGUCUUGAUAGAGUCUCCUCUUGGCACAUUUGGUCAAGUCAUAUCUAGAGUUAACAUUUACGUGUAAUUUUUCUAUACUUUUCACAAAGUUUUACUUCUGUUUUAGGUCCAUGCCAGUGCUCUAAAAAUUCUUUCAAAUUGAACCCUAGAAGAGCACUGAUAACUGUCUAAAAAGAAACAAGGGCUUAAGAAAUCAUACGAAGAUUUUUAUAGUUCACGAUGUGUGCUCUGCCAGUUCAGCAGUCUCAUGUGCCCUUGCUGUAGCACCGUAGUUUUCUUCUGUGAAAGGACUAGCCAUGGGGAACUUGCUGGAGAGAGAGACCUUGACACUUUUCUGUACGGCUGCAUAUAGAUGUUCCCAGUUAUCUGAGGCUACUUCGCACUGCUCCCACUUUUCCAUUUCUUCCCAUCCUUUCCCUGAAUUACAUACUGGGUCACCAACUUGAUGAUUUUUGAGAUACUCUUAUUUUCCAAAAUUCAAACCAAAAUUAUGUUACUUGAAGACCUGAUUCUCUGAAACUGCUCUGGCAUUUCCACCUAACCUGCUCUUUUUAAUUUUUUAAUUUUUAAUUGUGCUUAAGAAAAGACAUAACAUAAAAUUUACCAUCAUAACCAUUUUUAAGUGUAUAGUGGAGUAGUGUUAACUGUCUUCACGUUGUUGUAUACCUCCUCCUUCCCUAAAUGUUUGUAGAGCAGCAUUGCUGCUGUCUUCAUUUUGUGUUAUGUUGCUCCGUAGCAACAAGUAGCACUACUUUGCCACUCGCUGAUUGAUAUGCCCAAGCAUCUCCAGAGAUCUUUCCUAAAAAUAAAAAGGUAUUGAGAUAUCAUGGAAUUGGUGGUCAGGUGGCUAGCUUCUGAAGGGGUUCGGCAGUUGUGUGGGAAUGGGGCAGAACACCGAAGUGUGGGAGCAGGUUUAGCUGUAGGUUGGGUGCUUGACUGCAGAAGAAACAAUAUUCUUAACCUGUUUUUUAAAAUUAGUUUAAAGUCUUUCUCUGGAAUACUUGAAUGAUGAUGGUGUUAUAAAACUAAAAACAGGGAUUUGGUGUAGGGAAACAGCCCUAAUAGACAACCACAGUAGUGUAUGGAAUUCAUAAUUAGAUAACAGGUUUUCACAUCAUGUCUGCCAUUUGCAGAGCCUUCAACAAGAUUCUCCAUCAGGCCAGCCUCUGAUGUUUGAACAGCUCUAGGUCUUCUAGGAGGCCUAGCAAUCAUCGCAAGUUGAGUGAUUUGGUGUUCUUGAAAGGGAUGCGUCUAAUGAUCCUUUUUCUUUAAAAUGUUAUUGUUUGACUAGACAUAAAAUGUAUGUGGAAAUUAUAUGAUUUCUCAUGGUUACUGUGUGUACACAGAAAUGCUGUUUCUAUUCAUUGUUAUAUGAAGUGCCUUUUUAAAUUUCACACUUGUUUAAAACUUAACAUUUUAAUGUCUUGCAUAUGUUGCUGGUGAUAUUUAUGUAAAUUCUGUACAGUGAUUUUUUUAUCUUGUAGUUUAUUCAUCUUCUGUACAAUUGCACUAUCUAAAUGUACUCUCCUUCUGAAUGUUACUUUGUUUUCAUUACAGCACUAUUGAUUCAUUUCAGAAGGUUGUAGAGUAUGUCCCUCCCCCUUUAUUUAAAUAACUUCACAGUAGUUAUUUUAGUUUUUAGUGAUUGGCUCAGUUUUCUGGGCGUUGAGGCAGCUUUGUUUUCUAUAUCUAGGUUCUUGGUUUCUGAUUGAACCAUUUGUCUCAUGUCUGACCUUGUUCUUAGCCAUGGUAACACAACUUCAAUUUGAUAAGUGGGUGUGUUUACUCGGUAAUAAGUAACAAGGACAUUAGGAAAAUGAGUACAUUUGUUGACACUUUAUCUUUUUUUUUUAAGACUGUGUGACAGCUUAUCAGUGUAAUUGCAUUUAAACAUUAUUAUUAUUAUUAUUAUUAUUAUUAUUAUUUACUGCAUGGCAGCUUCUUUAUCAGUAUAAUUCCAUUUAUUUACCUAACCCUCAAAAUGACAUUUUGAGGGGAGCAUAAACUCAGGCUACUUGGGUACUGUUUAGUAUAUUACAUUACUAUUAUACUAAUAAUUUACUGAAUGAUACCUAAGUGACCUGAUUGAUAAUGUCCUUAAGGGCCUGCUCCAUCCAGGAUAACCUCUCAGGUACCGUAAACAAGAAGGUUGGAAUCGACGCAAUCCAGAAUCCCUUCUAGCUGUAAACUUGGAUACAGAGUUAAAUGACAUGGAUGAACAGAGUUAAAUGCCACAUUCAGUAUUCUUGAGGACAUACUUAAUUGGGAUUCUGGUAAAGGUUAGAAAUUAUGGAUUAGAUCUUUGUAGAAAUAAAGACUGCAAUAACUGAAAACUUUUUUUUUUUUUUAAUGUGAGGCAUGUUUUGCCCAGACUUGCACUGUUCAGGUUCCAUUGGCUUUUGAAAUUUACCAUUCUUACUUAGUGUUAGUGGCUAGUCCAGUAAUUGACUGUCAGAUCUGUAUGCAUCUCCUUCCUGUCAUUUAGUUGGCUGGACCUAUUCUAUAUAGUUUUUCAUUAGUGUUUACACCAAUCAGGUCUUCAUUUUUCACUUAAGAAAAUAAACAGGUGGAAGUUGUCAGUAAGCUGAUGACGAUCACUGUGUUGAAUGCAAAUCUUUCAGUUAUUUAUCCAGAUAUAACAAGUUUUGUAAGCCAUUAAAAUGUGUUAUGGAAUGUCUCUUCCUGGAUGAAUGAUGAGAAUAUUGUUUUAUUAAAUCUUUUUUUCUUGUAUUGAUUAGUGGGAUGAUAUCUUUGUACUACUUUGUCUUUUCAUUUGCUUGACUUUAUGAGAGUGAAACCUUUUUUAUAGUAGUGUUUGGUACCAUUGAGAUACUACUCAAAAUUAGGUUUGCUUCCCGUGGAUAUAUCUGGAAGUGAUCACAGGCCAACCAUGUCCUUUUGAUGUUAGCAUCUCAGUUAUUUCAUUCUUUGUAUUGGGUCUUUUCUUCCCCUUUAUGUAAAACCUCUUUCUAAAAGGAUGUCUGAUCUUCCUUAAUCUCUUUGAUGGAGAUUAUAUUUUUUAUUCUACCAGUCUGUACUAGCCAGGAUUUUGAUGUGGCUUUUUAUGUUUAAAUACAAUGCCUUCAGCAUUAUUGUAAGAGAUUUUCUAGUUUUCUCUUAAAAAUGUCCUUUUUAAAAAAAAAUAGCCAGUCCAGUCUCACACUAUUUGGCUAUUGAACUUUCAUCAGUUUUUAAUGCCUUCUUGUUUACUGGUAGUAGUAUUUUCUCAUUUCUGUGUAGUCUUUGUGCAAAUGCAUUAUUACAUGUAGUUUGUGGUCAAUUGCAUUUUUUCUCUCUAAUAAAAAUUUUAAGUUCAUCAUCAUUAAUUUAUAGUACAGCCCUGACAUACACUGUAUCUUUAACAUUAAUCAGUUUUUUUUCUAGGUUGUAAAAACUUUACUGGUUUUGUUGAGGUAACUGUCUAUUUCAAAUGGUCUAUUGGAUUUUCUGAUGCCUUGUCAAUUCAGUAAGAGUUCUCAGGUUGUCUGUAGUUUCUUUUAGGACUUUGGAGAUCUCUCAAGUUGUAUUGCGUUUUCUAAUAGUCCUGAGUAGUGUAUUCCUUGGUAGAAGUGAAAGCAGAUCCUUUAUAUCUGGUAAUAUUAAAAGAAAUUCUUUGACCUUAAAUGGUUCAAGUGUUAUCUUGUGGGUUCUGUUAGUAGUCCCUUUGUAAGACUAACUUUCAUAUGCCUUUUUUUCCCCAUGAGCUAUUCUGUGCUUUCUGUUUUCUUUCAUUACCCAUAAAAGUGGCUCUAUCACAGCAUUCAAUUUUAAGGGCUACAGUUAGACCUCUUGUUAACUCCUGGUUUUAUGUUAUGACUGUGUUUCACACUGCCUUGACUUACAGUGUAGUGAUGUGCUAAAAUAAUUAUGUUUGUGGUCCUUUUAUCUAUACUGCUUUUAUUUAGUGAGGCAACAGUGAUGUGUAUGAUAGGGGAAAAAGACAUUUUCCAAGUCACUAAACAUAGUUUAAAAUUUUCAGUUCCAUUUUAAAAAACAUUUAAUUACAUUAAGCUUUCUGCCUUUAGGUGUGCAGCCCAUUCCUUUCUGCCUUAGGGAGAAUAAUUGUAAUUAGUUUCAUUUAGAUUCUUAGCACAGAGUUGAAUGCGUGUUGGUCUUUGCCUAAUGGCUUAUAACAGCUCCUGUUUUCUUUUGCUUUUGACAGAAAUAUAUUUUGACAGAUGUUGGAUGCUCUUUGAUAGUACUGGGUCUAAUUGGCAUCUUCCUACCUGGGAAGGAUUAGAGGAGAGAACCUCCAUUGAUAGAGCGUAUAUGUACCAGGCUGUCUGUUGGUUGCAAGGGACUCUUGAGGCAGAAAUGCACCCUUAUUUUGCAGAUGAGGAAAUGGAACUUAUAUUAAACGAUUUGCUCAAGUGGUGAGCUUUGAAUAUACACUCUGUUCCUCCAAGUUUCAAUUCAAUGUUGUACUCAGUGGCCUUCUUUUGUCUUUCAAGGCGCCACUCAAAUCUUAACCUCUCUGAGAAGAUAAUUUGUCAAAUAACUACCCUUCUUCCCUGGAUUUUGUGUUUAUGGCCGUACUCUUAUCCCUUAUUACUUGAUGUCUUUAUUAACUGAUUCCUGGUUAUUUCACUUGUCCAAUCAGAAACCCGAACCUUCAUUCUUACAUUGAGGUUUCACUGUGCUGGACUGAGAUGAUUUCUGGAUGCGUUGUCGUUGGCUUCUGUUUCAUAGAUUUCCUUAUUUGUGUCCCAUUCAUUUUCAGCGCUGAUCAUUUCAGUCAUGGUUCUUGAUGCUUGUGUUUUUCUUUGUUGUGCCUCUUUUGUUUGUUAUACGCUUUUUGUUUCAGAUAUACACUUAAAUUUUUUUUUUAACUGGUGUCUUGAGGAUACUGGCUUAAUGAAGGGAAGGUGGAAUGCUAAGCACAUGGUAUUUGAAUUCCAAAGAACUUGAUCUGAGUAUUAGCAAGUCACUUAUUCUCUGAGACUAAGUUUUCCUACUCUCAAAUGAGGUAAUAAUGCCUGGAACUUCGAAGCCUGAUACAAAUUUCCUUUCUUUAGUGGUUUUGCUGUUUCUACCCACAUUUGUAGAUUUCUUAUAACUGUGGGAUGGUAUUGGAUAUACAUACAGAUAUACUUUAAGAUGUAUUUAAUAGUAUAUAAUAGUUCAUUUCAUGUCAUCACAUCAUGUUCCCCUUGUUUACAGUUUUUUUUUGAGGCUGAACCAUUAAGCUACGUAUAAUACAAGCCCAACAGUGGAUUAAGUCAUUGAAAGAUGUAUUUAAAAUAAAAUAGUCUCUUAAGUGCAAGCUAAGAAAUGCUCAUAAUAAACAGUAAGAAAAAAAUUAAAAAUGUAGAAUGAAGAGCUAGAAUAUAUAGGUAUGUGUAUACAAUUUUUGAUGGAUGGUAUUUUGUCAUUUUGUGUCUCUGAUGGAAACAAUCAGUACCUGCUAUGUGCAAGCAGGCCCUGAGGAAGGUCUGUGGAUACUGGGAGUUAAUAAGAGAUGGUAUAUUCUCUUGAGAAAGGAAUACCAACACAGUGUAAUUGUCCUAUUUAGAGGAACGCCUGUGAUGAGGUUGGAACAAAAGAGAGGGCCAUCUGAAGUGGUCCAGGAAAACUUUUCUUACCAGGUGCUCGAGCUGUGGUUUGGAACGUGAUUGGAGAUUUACCUGGGCUAGUGGAGAAACAGGAGCCAGACAUUCAGGUGAAGGAAUCAGUGUGUGCAUGAGUGUGGGAAACAUCGUGUAUCUGGCUUUUCAGCAUUGUAAGGAACAGCUGCUGUGGGCGCAAUUGGAGGAGAUCAGGUUGAAGAAAGGAUAAAUGUACGUGAGAAUGUAUUGGUUCCUACCUAUUCCAAGCGUACUAAGAUAUGUAGCCAUUACUUGUAAGGUCGUAGAAGUAGUCUGUCUAGAAGUUUCUUUGUCCACUAUGGACAUCUAGGCAGUUCCUUUUCUUCCUUGAACUGAGCCAGAGGAAGGCUCUCCAUCAGUGCACCUCUAGCCCCAGGGCCGGCUCCAGCAGUGACAGCAAACUGGGGCCCUGUGGGAGAACAGCUUUGGUGAUGAACAGGAUGCUGCUGCUAAGGAGGGAGGGGCAUCCCAUCACGGUGGGCAGGUGCACACUGCAGGACCAUCUGAGGGCCAUGGUCCUCACUGCAGCUCAGUGCGGCCUGUUUCCCUGUGCACUGGCUUACAGAUAAUUUGAGCGUGGACUUGGAGAAAAUGAAGGUAUUUCUUUAAAAUGUUGCUUCUUUGGAGAUUGGAGAUGUGUUGCACAGGGCCUGUGAACCUUGUGCCACUGGCAUCUCCAGCAGCACCUAGAGCAUGUUUUGUCAACUUCCUUUUUGUCUUUUCUCUGCUUUGAGUUUCCUUCCUUGCUCUGGUUGCCACUUUCACCUUUUCUCAUCUCUCUCCACAAUUCUUUCUUUUCUUACUGUGCCAGAGGUAGGGCAGUGGCACUCAGGGUUGAAACAUUGUAACUCCCUUUUGUUUUGUCACAGCUUCAUAGUAGGAGAUACUAAAAAAGUCUCCUAAGUUCCAAGGUUGUUUUUUGGGGGGUUGGGGGGGUCCUGUGUCUAAAGAGAAAGUCAUUCUGCCUAGGAGGGGAGUUUUACAAAUACAGAUAUUGGUAAUUAACCCAAAAGACAUCGUAGGAAGAAUCUUAUUGAAGAGGUUUGGUGGUACGAGCCUUCUUCACUGAGUAGUACUUUACAGAAUGGUGUAUAUCUAUAUGUAUGUUUUAAAAUUUGUUCAUAUAAGGCAUAUGUUCCAUGUACUUUGUAUUUGUAAACAAUAAUCAGUUUGGGGGUGGGAAGGAGAUUGCUUUGUACAAAAGGGUUGUUUCCUGGUUUUAAACCUUUGCUGCUGGAGAUGGUAAAUAAAUAUUGUACAGCUUUGCUGUGUUUAUCUCUUCUGUUCUAUCUGUAUUGGAAUAUAAAA